AUAUUCUUAAAGUAUGUUGUGAGCUGACCAUUCAAUGACUAAUACUUCUGUUUAUUAGAAUUUAACAGAAGAAAAUUACUCAACAUCCAGCCUUUAAUGUAUUUAAUACAAUCCACCACCUUGGAAAACUGUGAAAUUUAAUCUGGUCUGAAGAAAAUGUAAAGCUUUGUGUCUUCUGCAUGUAGCAAAGUGGAGAAAUUUCAUGCAAUUUAAAUGGAUAGUUCACCCAAAAAUGAAAAUUCUCUCAUUAUUUACUCAUCCUCAUGAUAUCCCAGGUAUGUAUGACUUUCUUUCUUCACCAGAACAUAUUUGAAGAAAAAUAGAAAAAUAUCUCAGCUCAGUAGGUCCUUAAAAUGCAAGUGGACAGUGAUCAGACUUUUGAAGCUCCAAAAAUCACAGACAGUCAUCAUAAACAUCAUCCAUACGACUCCAGCGGUUAAAUUAAUGUCUUCUAAAGCGACACGAUCACUUCUGCCGCGAAAAAGAUCAAUAUUUAAGUACUUUUUAAACUUUAAAUCAUCGUGACAUAAUCGCGUCGGCAUGCUCAUGUGAGAACUGAUGCACGUGCAACACACACGGAACAGCAGCGCUGUUUACAGCUGAGUAGGAGGAACGCUCUACAGAAGCUUCGGUGGUUUUGGUUUAGAUCUGUAUUUAUCUGUUUCUUUACUCACAAUGGUGCAUUUGUGUGCUUAUCCUGAAUGUCUCAACCGAGAAGAGAACGUGAGAUUAUGUCUGUAACAUGGCAAUGCGAAUACAUCACACGAGAGACCGCUUGAACUCCACUCUCUCCUGAAGCUUACUGGAAGCACUGGAUUAUAGUUAGAAAGUACUUAAAUAUUGAUCUUUUUUUGCACCAGAAGGAACUACUGAGCUGAGAUAUUUUUCUAUUUUACUUCAAAUGUGUUCUGCAGAAGAAAGAAAGUCAUACACAUCAGGGAUAUCAUGAGGAUGAGUAAAUAAUGAGAACAUUUUCAUUUUUGGGUGAAAUACCCCUUUAAAUCUAGACAUAAACUGGAUGUGGCCCCUUUAAGAACGGAGUUUUGCAACACCUGCUUUCUGGCACUCUCUCGAAUUAGAGACGUGAGAGCAAGCGUUGGGCAAGAGAGCUCCCAGUUUUGUUCAUCGUUUGAGAAUUCUUUGGGUAAAUAUAAAAUUUCACACAAAAUGCUUAUAAAUUGCAUUAAAUAUGUGUUCAAAAGAGUCGUAUGUUAAAAUUUUGUGUUUGUUAUGGAUAAUUUUUGAAGGAUGCAUAUGGAUUACAUGUAUGGAGUUUGUGUACACAUGUGAGGACUAGAUAUGUAAAUUUAGUAUUAAUCAUAUCUCACUUUAAUCAUUUAUAGCGCAGAGUGUUUUCCAGUUUAGUGAAUAAGUGUAAUAUGUGUUAUAUGUGAAAAUAUGAAAAUUCUAUUCUUUUAAAUGUUUAUACAUGUCCUUAAAGCCUGGUUAAUUAUGCAUAAAAUGCUUUAAGUGAUUUAAGCAAGUACUUAAACAUAUAAAAUGCUGUGAUCGAUUUAAGCAUGUAUUAAGAACGUGUUGAAGCAUAUGGGUAGGCUUUGCCCUUUUUGUAUUUUCAUUUAACAUUAGCCUCUACCGUAUUUCAUUUCCAUAUUUCAUUUUCGUAUUUCAUUGUACCGCAUUUCAUUUUUUUUGUAUUUUCUUUAUUCUUUUUUUUUUUUUUUUUUUUUUUUUUUAAAUACAAUACAUCGACCGCUGUUUUUUAUUUAUUAUUUUUUUUAUUUUUACAGCCAUCUGAAUAAAACCCCAAAAUAUAUUUUGUGUCCAUGUUGAUUAUUUUCAACCUACCGGCUACAUGCAUAAUAGUCAAAGCUCAUGUUUCCUGCUAAUAUCACCCACAGGGAAUUUGUAAGGAAAAUAACAAAGGACCUAACACUGAGUCUUGUGGCACACCAUACAUUUCCUGUGUUUGGUGGGACAGCUGUUCAUUUACACAGAGUGGUAUCUUAAGCAAGCUAGCACCUGUCCGCAAAUAUCAGCUUGAUUUUCAAGUUCGCCCAAAAGAAUGUCAUAGGGUCAAAGUGCUUAGGUCCAUAAAUAGAUACAGUCCCAGUCUGGGGCUAAAAAUAAGUUGCUUGUUGCUACGGUGGAGCCUAAAACCUGAUUGAAAUUCUUCAUGAACAAUUUCUAUGCAAGAAAGUGCGUAGCUGGGUGGACACCGCUUUUUCUAAUAUUUUGACGCAAACUGAAGAUUUGAAAUAGACUGUUAAUAAUUUCAUUUGUAAGAUUUAUAUAUAAGCAGUUUUAUAAUUUUCAGUUUGAAGGAUACCCUAAACUUAGGGAGGAAUAUAUCACUUUCAGUAGGGGUUCAGAAAUCACAGGAAACACCUCUUUUAAUAGUUACGGUCAUUAUGCUAAAAUCAUUUUUAUGAGUUAAUUCUACCAGUCUUGUGGGUUGAUUCAACCAAUUAGCUAAAGAAAUUCGUGAGGUUAAUACUUGGACAUUGUAACGGAAUAUCAGGUUCCGUCAAAGUUUGGUGUUUCGUUACUGUUCUGGCAAUUUGCAAAAGAUUACGAUAAUUAAGUAAUGUCUUCGAUAAUAUCACACAACCUUUAGCGGGCUUCCCCACAUACAGGCCUAGAUACCAGGAAUACUAGUUUCUAAAAUAUUAAAGAGACUCAUUUAAAAAUACUUUAGCAUUCUAAUGAGUUUUUCUGAUUGUAAUAAUCGGUUUACUCAUGGUCAUUUUCAUUUGUCUUAGUGACCUAGGCUGCCUAUAGGUCUGGUUCAAAUGUCACAGGUGCAAGUGUUGGGGGGGUUUAUGGGGGUGUUGGAUGUGCAUCCAUGGCUUUUACACUGUAGGUGGCGUUAUGAGUCUGUUACAUCUCGUGUCACGUUACCUGGUAGACGCAAGAUUCAGCCAUUUCGACCAAGUGUUCUGCGGUUCUUCAGUCUCAAAAAACAAUUUGCCACGCGAACGUCUUCAGAAGGAAAUCUUCGGUGUAUUUGGUGUUGAGACGGUUGACUUGAAGACAAUAGAAGUAAUGGAGGGCGAUCCUGUCAUGCUAGAAACUUGUCUUAACAAAAUACAGAAAGACGAUGAGAUAGAGUGGAAGUUUGGAUCUAAUGGUCCUGUCAUAGCUAAGAUCAAGGCCAACAAUGCCUUAUUAUAUGACAGUGAUGAUGUGAUGUUUAGUGACCGACUCCAUCUAGAUGCUCAAACUGGAGAUCUGACCAUCAGGAACACCAGAAUCAAACACUCUGGGACUUAUGAACUAAAGAUCAUCAAUGGCACACACACCAUACAAAAGAGAUUCAGUGUCACCGUCAUUGAUGCGAUUCCUAAGAAAGUGUCAGUAAUAGAGGGCGAUUCCGUCCCUCUCGUGCAUGAUAUUACUGAUAUAGAGAAAUAUGAUGUGAUAGAGUGGAUGUUUGGAGCUGAAGGCCCUGUCAUAGCUGAAAUUGAUAAACAGAAAAGUGAGAUCCCAUCAUAUAAUGAUGCUGAUGGGAAAUUUAGAGGCAGACUUCUACUGGACGACCAGUCAGGAUCUCUCACCAUAACAAAAAUCACAUCCACUGACGCUGGACUUUAUAAACUAAAGGUGUUUGGCACGAACAGAGACGCCAAAGAAAGGAAAUUCAGAGUUACUGUCAGUGCAGUGGGCCUGUCCUCGGGUGUCAUAGCGGCGAUAAUUGUUUGUGUAAUUGUGUUUGUGUCUGCUGCUGCUGCCGUGGGUUGCAUUUGCCAUAAACGCAGGACACAACGACUCUUAUGAUAAAGGGAAUGGGCAACUGGAGCCUUUGAAAGGAGGUUCUGAUAAACAGUAGUACAUAAUUACUGUACCACUAAACAUGAGCUGUAUACAAUUGGCUGCUGUAUACUGUUAAGAAAUGAAACUUAACAAGGGUGAAUUGCUUCUCUGGCAUGAUUAGGGAAACUGGUACACUAUAUGCUUUCAUAUAAUUAAUGAAACAGAUUUAAGUUUACACACACUAGUUUAUUUUAAACUUCUGUUUUUAUAAAUGUCAAUAUAGUUUCAUACCUGUUACUCGAUCUGGCUCUUUGACUCUCAACUUUCAUAUUGUGGGACUAUUGAAGGCUUUUAAGUUUUUAUGAAAUAUGUAAUUUGAAGGUUCAUUUUAACAGAUAAAGGAUCUGUUUCUCAUGUCUGUAUUUUUCUUUGGAUGUUCUCUACAUUAACUGAGACCAACAGCUGGAAAAGGUCGGUUUAAUCUUGAAUUCACAUCACAGUAUGUUUCUAUGUGUCUCUAAAGAGAGCACAUGUAUCAGAUGCUUUAACACCCAUUUAUAGAACAUAUAGAAAUGCAUGGUACACAGACUCUAGAAAUGCAUGGUACACAGUUCAAAAACUUUUCCAGUUGUUUUUCCUGAAUGUUAUAGGCUAGUUAGUGCCUAGGUUUUGUGUUCAAUCAAAUGAUGACACUAAAACGUAUUUAAAAUCUGCCAUCUGAUCAGAUAUGAAUGUAAUUUGAGAUCUUAAAUGUGAGCUCACUGAGUGACUGUUGCUCAUCUGUUCUUGUGAUGUACUGCUGUUCUGCCCUCUAGUGGAUAAAACAUGAUUAAGCUUUUUUCUUAAACAUAAUUGUUUUCAGAUCACUGAGAUUCAUGAGUAGGCUAAUAUGAAUGAGUUUAUUUUUUUUAACCCUUGAAAUUAGAUUCUUUUGGCUGACUUUAUUGGCUUUUUCUUUAUCUUGUUAUACAAGUCUCUGCUUGGGUAUAAUUGAAAAUCCUAUGUCUUAAUGUCUUGAUGCCUUUGUUGUAUAUUUUUUUACAUUUUUUUUUUAAAUAAAAAAUGGGAAAAUGUAUUACCAUAUCAGCCUUUAUAUAUAUAUAUAUAUAUAUAUUUAUUAUUAUUAUUAUGACAUGCCAUUUUGUCUCCGUUCAAUUUCACCUCAUCUGUACACACGUAUAGGCCUAUAUGUGUUAUCACAACUGCACACAAUGUUUUUGAAACUAUUACUUCACUAUCGUGGAGUAGUGUCUACAUGACUCAAGUAUUUCCUUAUCUUUAUGUUCUAUCUUUUGUUCCGUGUUCACAUUUUGUGCUGUCUGGGUCAAAGUGUUCUCUUAAAUCUGUAAAAAAAAAAAAUUAAACAUUCCCAGAAUGUAAAUUUGAAGAAACUGUAACGUUAAGCAAUUUAAUAUUUUAAUAAAAGUAAUAUUUAAUUUAUGACUAUUCAACAUAUAAUCGAAUAUGGUUGAAGACGUUGUUGCGUUCAUUCACCACUAGGAAGCUGACUGAUUUCUUCACAUGCGGAUGUUCUGCCCUUCCUUGCACAUUUACUGAUUUCUUUUUCGGUAGCAAAGAUAUCUUUAUGAAAAAUCACAAUUAAUCUUAUUGGGUUUAAAGCUGCUGUAUCGGUCUUUGAUUUGUCAGUAAUUCUGUCUGUCGUUGAUGUUCUGGGUGCCGUUCAGAAACGAUAAACACAACUGAGGUUUAUUUUUAAUCUGCAAAUAAACGAUUUUACUGAAAUCUACAUCAAUAUGAAGAACAUAGUUUUCCUAAUUUUCCCCUCAGUUUUCGUGAGUGCUGCGAUCUGUCUAGCUGUUUGAAACACUCGCAGCACGUUGAGUCCACUGCCACACGCCUGGUGUGUGUGUGUUCUCAAGUGUUCACUCCUGUGGGAAAGCCGUGAUGCUCCAUAUUGUUGUUGCUGUGAUGAUUCAUGAAGUGUUCCAUUCAACUCGGAGAGUCUGAAUUUCCUCCUUUCAACUGGGGAAAGUGCAACAGAAUGACACUUUAUGUC